AUGCAGGUGCUACAGGAUGGAGAGGACCUUGCCAGCCAGCCCUGGUACCAUGGCCCCCUGUCCCGUCAGAAGGCUGAGGGCCUCCUGCAGCAAGACGGGGACUUCUUGGUUCGAGCCUCCGGGUCCCGGGGGGGCCACCCAGUCAUCUCCUGCCGCUGGCAGGGCUCAGCCCUGCACUUCGAGGUGCUCCACGUGGCCCUGCGUCCCCGGCCAGGCCGGCCCUCAGCCCUCUUCCAGCUGGAGGAUGAACGGUUCCCAAGCCUGCCCUCCCUGGUUCGAAGCUAUGUGACCGGGCAGCGUCCACUGUCCCGGGCCACGGGGGCUGUGGCCUCCAGACCUGUGAUACGGCAAGGACCCAUUCGACGCAGUUUUAGUGAGGACACCCUCCUAGAGAGCCCAGCUCGGUCAGAGCUGCCCAGGGCUAGGAAGCGGAGUGACAGUCAGCCCGCAGGUUUGGAGCACAUGGGGCGGUCAAGAGAAGACCACUCUGAACCAGGAGCCUCCGCUGUGCCCAUGUGUGCCCUCCCUCGGAUGGGUAGUGACCCCGUGCUGCUGAAGACGCCGCCUCCUCUGGGGUCCGUUGUUGACAGCCUCAGAGCCUCCGAUGGGCAGCUUCAUGCCAAGGCACCAACCAAACCACCUCGAACACCCUCACUGAUGCUGCGUGAGGCAUCUGAACGCCCCCCAACAUACUGUGAGCUGGUGCCCCGAGUGCCCUGUGCCCAAGGAACCCCUCUGGGCCACACAGGCCCAGAGACAGAGGCCCCAUGGUGGGAAGCCAGUGAGGAAGAGGAGGAAGAGAACAGAAAUUUUGCAAGACCCGAGGCCGAGGUCUCUUUCUGGCCCCCUAACAACCCCUUCUGCCUGCUGGGCCCCCAGAAUCGGCCCCUGGAACCGACAGUCCUGAGUACUCUCCGUGACCUAUUCCUGGAGCACCAUCCUGGGAGCACGGCCCUGCACCUAUUAUUGGCGGAUUGCCAGGCUACAGGCCUCCUAGGAGUGACCAAGGCUCAGCGGUGUGCCAUGGGGGUCGCCUCUGGCCUGGAGCUGCUCACACUUCCCCAUGGGCAUCGCUUGAGGUUGGAACUUCUGGAAAGACACGAGGCGCUGGCGCUGGCUGGGGCGCUGGCCGUGCUGGGCUGCGCGGGGCCGCUGGAGGAGCGCGCGGCCACCCUGAGGGGCCUGGUGGAGCUGGCCCUGGCGCUGCGGCCCGGGGCGGCUGGGAACCUGCCUGGACUGGCCGCGGUCAUGGGCGCCCUGCUCAUGCCUCAGGUGUCCCGGCUGGAACGCACGUGGCGCCAGCUCAGAAGGAGCCACACGGAGGCGGCGCUGGCCUUCGAGCAGGAGCUGAAGCCGCUGAUGCGGGCACUGGAUGAGGGCGCCGGCCCCUGCGAGCCGGGCGAGGUGGCGCUGCCGCACGUGGCACCGGCCGUGCGCCUGCUGGAGGGCGAGGAACUCCCGGGGCCGCUAGACGAGAGCUGCGAGCGGCUGCUGCGCACCCUGCACCGGGCGCGUCAGGUGGCCCGGGACGCGCCCAAGUUUCGUGAGGCAGCAGCCCGGCGCCUACGAGGAUUCCGGCCGAACCCGCAGCUGAGGGAGGCCCUGACCACAGGCUUCGUGCAGCGGCUCCUCUGGGGAAGCCGAGGAGUCGGGGCGCCACAAGCCGCACGUCUAGAGAAGUUCCAGCGCGUCCUCAGUGUCCUUUCACAGCGCCUGGAGCCGGAUGUUUGAAAGCACAGACCCCCUUCUUCGUACUGGGACACCCAGGCAGGCUAUGGAAACCCCCUGCAGACACCAAGGAAGUUGCCCCAAGCUGUUCACAGAGCCAAGCGCAGUGGGAACCCA